CUUGCCACUAGUUGCCUAUAGCUAGGAAGGCGGUGCCUGUGCCUGUCGUCUGCACUCGCAGCUGGCAGGUGUUUGUUGAUAUUUUUAUUUUUAUUAUUGUGUUAGUUACACCACAAGGGAAAAUAUUCUUAAGUAAACAAAAUGGUUGCAGAAAUGAGUGACAUCAAAGAUGAAUCCAGGCUAGACAGCGUGGGCCUCAAAGCUUUGGAGUUAAUGCAGCAAGUUAUCGAGAAAAAAAUGAGAUUACAAGAGUUAAUCAAGGCAGGUUCUAUCAACCUUGCAAAAUCUCGGUACAUUAUGGGGAAUAGAAAUGUUUCUGUGUCUCAACUGCCCACCGAAGACAGUGUACCUUUUUGGGCUCUUCGGAAAGUAGAAAACUCAUACUCAAACGAGAAUGGAAUUAAGACUCCUGUAUUCACACUUUUAGUUAAUCAACCUCUAAAGAAAACCAAAUCAGUUGAAGCUAAUGUAUCUGAGGGAUGCACAGAAGAUACAAGACCGUCAUCUGAUCCCUUGCAUUGGUUUGGAGUUCUUGUGCCACAAAAUAUGCGGGUUGCUCAAGAAGCGUUCAAGAAAGCAGUUGAUUUGUCAAUUGAAAUAGCUAACUUACAGUCACAUUUGGAAGCAUUAAGAAUUGAAUUCUGUGCUUUAAAAUUUGAAAAAAUGAAACUAACAUGAUUUCUGGUUGAAGGUUGAAAUUCUGCUGUUGUAGGGUAUGGGUUUUUCUGAAGCUGUUACGUUUAUAUAUGAUUUUGAAUUUCCUUCACCAAUCUAGGACACGAUUUAUCUUUUCUAUCACCUAAUUUAAUAAUUGUGUUGAUAUUAGCCUAUUAGUUGGUUCCCACUUACCAUGGUAUUAUAAGAUGAUAAAUGAUAAAUGAUUUGUAUUUUACCAAGCA